AUGGAAGGGAAACUAGCCGCGGCCCUGAAGCAUUUCGACAGCGCCGUGAAGAUGAACCCCACGGACCAUAUGAACUGGUACAAGAGGGCGACGGCGCAUAUCAUCGAGAAGAAGUUUGAGGCUGCGCUGCGGGAUCUUGCCAAGGUUCUCGAGAUUAAACCAGAUUACUUCCAGGCUCUGGACAAGCGAGCAAAGAUCCAUACCUCUCAAGGAAGGUUCCAGGAGGCCCGCGAGGAUGUGCAAGCGCUUCUCAAGAGCAAGGACUCGGCGAGCCUCAGGGAAACCUUAAGCAACCUUCACCUCGCUGAACAAGCGUAUGAUGCAGCAAAGACGCUGUUGGAGCAAAAGAACUAUCAAGCGGCGCGUGAUCAUCUGAACAAAGCCAUAGAUGUUGCUUCCGAUUGUGUCCAGCUCCUGCUGAUGAGAGCCGAAUGCCAUUUGAAGUUGGGAGACAGAGAAAACGCUCUUGCAGACACUGGUAAAGCACUCAAGGUAGACAGCAAACAUAUGGCAGCAUUGGCCAUGCGAGGCCAAGCUUACUAUGAGAUGGACGAGCUUGACAUGGCUCAAAGACAUUUUAGAGAAGGACUGCGCCUUGACCCGGAGCAUAAAGUGUGCAAGCAAGCAUACCGAAAGAUUAAGCAAAUGGAAAAUGUUGCAAAAGCAGCGCAGAAAGAAAUGGACUCUAAGCAGUACAAUGAAGCACUGGAGAGCUAUGAAAAGGGAGCGAAGAUCGAUCCGAAUCAUGUGUUGUUCACUGGCAAGAUGAACCUCGGAAGAUGCCAGGUUCUCAUCAAGCUGAAGAAGUACAGAGAGGCGAUUGAAGCUUGCUCUGAAGUCAUGAAUAUCCCUGAGCAGAUUCAUGAUAGGAUGCAAACCCUCUUGUCUCGUGCGGAGGCUCUGCAGGGGCUCGAGGAUUGGGAGGAGGCUGUGCGAGACUGCGAGAGAGCUUUGAACCUUCAGAAAGACAGUCACGAAGCAAAAGAGAAGCUUGAACGAGCAAAGCAGCUGCUCAAGAAAAGCAAGAUGAAGGAUUACUAUAAGGUUCUGGAUGUUCCUAAGGAUGCCGACGAUCGAGCAAUCAAGAAAGCCUACAAGAAGAAAGCGCUGACGAUGCAUCCAGACAAGACAAAAGAAGAAUCCGACCUUGCGAACCGAAAGUUUCACGAGAUUGCCGAGGCUCACGAGGUCCUCACUGACCCCGAGAAACGCGCCAAGUACGACAGAGGAGAGGAUCCGAUUAAUGAACAGCCGCAGGGUAAUCCUGGCCAAGGUUUUCCCUUCGGAUUUGGAGGAGGCGGUGGCGGCAGUCACCAUUUCACUUUUCACUUCGGCUGA